CAUGCGCAUAAAUGUUUUUGUCGACAUAGACUUUCCAUUCAUCCGCACUGCGCCACCAGAAGUUCUUCAAAACCAACUUGAAAAGAAUAUAUUUGAAACAAUACCGGAGAAAUAAAUAUAUAUACACUUAUUUUAAUUACAUUUUAUAUUAUUAAAUAUUUGUUAUGAAUGGCAAUGAUGCUCAGAUAAAAAAAGAAGACGGAAAGAUGGCUGAUAUUAACAAUGGAAAAAUAAUUCCUAAGGAAAUCAACAUACUUGCUGGAAUUACUCCUCAGACUAUCAAGAAACUACCAAAAAUUCCUAAAAUGAAGAAAGAAGAAGUACCUUUAGCAAAGUUGCAAACAAAUAAAGAUAUCAAACAAGAGUUGUUAAGUCCUAAAAAAGAAGAAAAUCAUUCGUCUCUUUCUAAUGGCCAUUCUUUAGAAAAUGUUAAAAAAGAAGAGUCAGAUAGUGACGAUGAUAAACCUCUUAAAGCAAAAGUGAAAGUUGAAGGAAGGAAACGAAAAAAUGAAAACAAUGAUUUUGAAGAUGUCAAGAAAAAUAAAAAUUCAACUCAAAGCAAAAACCAAAAUAAAGAGAAACCAAAAAAAGUGAAAAAAGAAGAAGAGGAGGAAGUGUGGCGUUGGUGGGAUGAAGAUCCUCAUCAAGAUGGUAUAAAAUGGAAAACACUAAGUCAUGAGGGUCCUUAUUUUCCACCUGAAUAUGAACCUAUGCCAAAAAAUGUUAAAUUUUAUUAUGAUGGCAAGCCAAUGCAGUUAAGUUUAGAAGCAGAAGAAGUUGCUACUUUUUAUGCAAAGAUGUUAGACCAUGAUUAUGUCAAGAAGGAUAUAUUUAAUGAAAAUUUCUUUGAAGAUUGGCGUAAAGAAAUGACAGCUGAGGAACGCAAUAUUAUUAAAUCUCUUGAUAAAUGUGAUUUUAAAGAAAUGCAUGCAUAUUUUAUGAAGUGUGCAGAAGAAAAACGAAACAUGACAAAAGAAGAAAAGCAAGCUAUUAAAGAAGCUAACCUAAAAAUUGCUGAAAAAUAUGGCUUUUGUGAAAUGGAUGGUCAUAAGCAAAAAGUUGGUAAUUUUCGGAUUGAACCCCCAGGCUUAUUUAGAGGACGUGGUGAUCACCCAAAACAAGGAAAGCUAAAAAAAAGAGUGUCAGCUAAGGAAGUCAUUAUUAAUAUUGGAAAAGAAGCAAAAGUUCCCCAGCCACCUGAAGGACAAAAGUGGAAAGCAGUACAACAUGAUAACACUGUUUCUUGGUUGGCAUGUUGGGUGGAGAAUAUUGCUGGAGGUUAUAAAUAUGUGAUGUUAAAUGCUGCCACACGUCUAAAAGGAGAAAAAGAUUGGCAAAAAUAUGAAACAGCUCGCAAACUUAAAGAGUGUGUUGAAACAAUCAGAGAAAAUUAUAUCAAUGAUUGGAAAUCUAAGGAAAUGAAAAUUCGACAACGUGGUGUAGCAAUGUAUUUCAUUGAUAAGCUGGCUCUUCGAGCUGGUCACGAGAAAGAAGAAGGAGAAUCUGCUGAUACUGUAGGCUGUUGUUCUCUUCGUGUAGAACAUAUUACACUUCAUCCAGAAAAAGAUGGCCAAGAAAACGUUGUUGAAUUUGAUUUUCUUGGUAAAGAUUCAAUUCGUUAUACAAACAGUGUGCCUGUUGAAAAAAGAGUAUUUAAGAAUCUUCAACUCUUUAUGCAAGGAAAGCAAGCUGGUGAUGAUUUAUUUGAUAGGCUGUCAACAACGUCAUUAAAUAAGUUUCUAGGAGAAUUAAUGCCAGGAUUAUCCGCAAAAGUAUUUCGUACUUACAAUGCUAGCAUAACUCUACAACAACAAUUAAAUGAACUUACAGAAGAAGGUGCUAGUGUAACUGCGAAGUUUUUACAAUAUAAUCGUGCUAAUCGAGCUGUUGCAAUAUUAUGUAAUCAUCAACGUGCUGCUCCUAAAACAUUUGAUAAACAAAUGGAAAAUAUUGUUAAUAAGCUUAAAGAGAAAAAAAAACAAAUGAAAGCUGUCAAAAAAGAAAUAAAGGAGCUUAAGCGUGAAUAUCAUGAAAAAGGAAAAAGUGAAAAAUUAAAAACAAAUAUAGAAAAGAAAAAAAAUCAGUUGCAACGCUUAGAAGAACAAUACUUUAAACUCGAAGUUAAUAUGACUGACAAGGAAGAAAAUAAAGAAAUUGCAUUAGGAACAUCAAAGCUGAAUUAUCUAGAUCCAAGAAUAAGUAUAGCCUGGUGUAAAAAACAUGAUGUUCCUAUUGAAAAAAUUUAUAAUAAAACGCAACGUUUAAAGUUCCAAUGGGCUAUCGAUAUGACCGAAGCAGACUUUGAAUUUUAGGAAACAAUUAUUAUUUUGUGAGAUGUUUCUUUGUUUUUGGAGGUGGGCAAUGAGUCAAAUAAUGGACUAAUGAGUCAAUUAAAGAAUGAAUUACUCAAAUAGUGAAAAAAAUAAUGGAAAAGUUAGUCAAAUAAUGGAUGGAUAAGUCAAAUGAUUUACUAAAAUCUUUUAAAGAAGUUUUAAAUGUUCAACGUUUUUAUGGUUGCUAAUAUUUUCUUUGACAAUAUUUAACUUUUAAUCCAUGUUUUAGAAAUAUAGCAAACAGCGUUGAAAACAUGCGAAAGAUGAUGCAAAGUUUACAUAUAAAUAUUGUAUUGAUUAAUAUUAUUUCAUGAUAACUAUAAUUGCACUAUACUAUUAUUCUCAAAACUUGUA